ACCAUGCAGAUUAUUUGGUUCUUUCUGCCCUAUCGCCCAGGUUGUGGAGAGUUAUGGAUCAUCAACUAUUCAUCAAGUACUUGGCAGUUUGAAUGCAACCGACGGCGAUUUGGGGAGGAAUGGCUCGAUUACUUACCGAAUUGCCAAAGAGCCAAAUCACAAACGCGGAACUCACACAACUGCUCCAGUCCACCAAACACACGUUCCUCCGAGUUUACAUGAACGUCCUGGAGCUCAACUGGUGCAGAUCACUCACGAUGGACAGCUAACAGUUUACGGAGUGGUAGAUCGUGAGAAGACUCCAGUAAUUCUGGUGGACGUGAUUGCUGAAGAUAAUGGCUUUCCAGUGCGCCUAUCCAGUACGAUUACCGUAACGAUACAUGUCUUGGAUCUGAACGACAACAAGCCAAAAUUUGUGUUUGCCCCAACGACCAAUGCCGAUCGAUCUGGCAAUGAAACAACCUCCAAAUCAUAUGGUCCCGGAUUAACCGUUCCUUAUGCUGAACCAGCGUAUACGUUGAACUUGAGUUUGGAUACAAGUGUUGGGACAAUGCUGAUGAAAUUCACUGCGAUCGAUCCGGAUGACGGUCCCAACGGCACAGUUUCGUACGAAAUUAUCUAUUCUGGUGUCACGCCUCCAAGAAAAAUGCAAACCAGUAAAGCAGAAGCAUACAAUAUGGCAGAUAAGGACAGUUCGGAAAUACAAACAUUUACACUUCAUCCUGAUGGACGACUCAUUCUUUCCAAACAGUUGACAUCCGAUGAAAUACCUUCCUCCUUUCACUCCAAGUUGGUUCACUCGCGGUAUCGUCGACCGGACAGGCUGCUUAUUCGGGCGUCUGAUGAUGGCCCCUCACCGGAACAUGCGAUUACUGGACUACAUAUAUUUUACUUUGAUCCAGUUACGCAAACGUCAGUUAAGACACAGGCCCUUAACAUACAGACAUUUAAUGCGCCACAGCCGAUUCGUACCGCUGGACCAAGAAAAACCAACACCGGAAAUCUGCCAGAAUCCGGUGCUGGUAGUGCACACAUCAGAAGCAACAACAGGUUCGAAGAGACCUACGCAAAAGAUUCUACCGACACAAAAUCAACAGAACUUCUAACUCCCAGAAUUGGAAGUUUACCGGUCCUUUAUUUGUUGGCGCUGGCUGUCUGCUUCGCUCUCCUCCUCGUGGUUGCCAGCCUAGCUUACCUAUAUGUGAAGAUGAAACGGCCGUCGAAUUCACGCAGUACGACACAGAAGUACAUGGAUCCUAGUGUGAGAGCCACAGAAACACAUAAUUCACUCACUGGUUCACAUCAUAAUCCGUUUGGAGAAAUCCAGUUGGAAGUGAGUACUUCGGACCCAAACGACACCAGUUCAACGGUCAGAUAUCAAACAGGCAAAUCAUCACCGAUAUCAACCAAUGUGAAUUCCUCUUGUAACUAUAGGACAUUGGGCCCAGCAUAUCUGAUGCUGGAGCGAGAGGAUCCUGAUACAUUACUCACUUUAGACAAAUGCUGUACGGACAAAUUUCCACGUAA